UUGCAACGUGGGCUAUGGUUGAAAGCACCGGCAGCUGUAGUAGUUAGCAGUGGAAACGUUUUGCUUAUGUGAUUACUGCUGAAGUUAAAAAAAAAAUCAUUCCACCUUCUCUCUCUCUCUCCAUCACCUGUCCCGCACACACAUACACGGCGAGCUGCAUGAAUCCCUGCAACACAUCGAGAAAUGCUGCGGACUCUCGCAGCGGACGUUCACAGACGAGUGCAAAAUCCUCGCCAGCACGGACCGUGGAUCUGAGCGAAGAUGACAAGGAUCAGGCACCUGUUACUAUGAAUCCCCUUCACAUGAUGAAAGCCUUCAAAGUCAUGAAUGAACUGCGAAGUAAAAGCACUUUGUGUGAUGUAACCAUUGUUGCUGAGGAUGUGGAAAUUGAAGCGCAUCGUGUUGUCUUGGCAGCCUGCAGUCCUUAUUUCUGUGCCAUGUUUACAGGUGACAUGACCGAAAGUAAAGCAAAGAAAGUUGAGAUAAAGGACAUAGAUGGACAUACACUUAGUAAACUAAUUGAUUAUAUAUACACAGCUGAAGUGGAAGUCACUGAAGAGAAUGUGCAGGUACUGUUACCUGCAGCCAGUCUGUUACAAUUAAUGGAUGUAAGAACAGCUUGUUGUGACUUUCUACAAUCGCAGUUGCAUCCAACCAAUUGUUUAGGAAUCCGGGCAUUUGCAGAUGUUCACACUUGCACAGAUCUGCUGAAUGAAGCGAACGCAUAUGCAGAACAGCAUUUUCCUGAUGUUAUGUUGGGUGAAGAAUUUCUUACUCUGAAUUUGGAUCAAGUAUGCAGUUUGAUAUCAAGUGACAAACUCACAGUUGCCACAGAAGAAAAGGUCUUUGAAGCAGUGAUCUCUUGGAUCAAGUAUGACAAAGAAGCUCGCCUGGAGCACAUGGCUAAUUUGAUGGGAAAUGUUCGGCUUCCUCUGCUUCCACGGGACUAUCUUGUACAGACAGUAGAAGAAGAGGCUUUGAUAAAGAAUAAUAAUACUUGCAAAGAUUUCCUAAUAGAAGCCAUGAAAUACCAUUUGCUUCCUCUUGAUCAACGGGCAGCAAUAAAGACUGCACGCACAAGACCAAGGACCCCAAUCUGCCUACCUAAGGUUAUGAUAGUAGUUGGUGGUCAGGCACCUAAAGCUAUACAAAGCGUGGAAUGCUAUGAUUUCAAAGAAGACCGUUGGAAUCAAGUAGCAGAGCUGCCUUCAAGAAGAUGCAGAGCUGGUGUUGUGUACAUGAGUGGCCAUGUUUAUGCUGUGGGAGGAUUCAAUGGGUCUUUGAGAGUUCGGACUGUGGAUGUGUAUGAUGCAGUUAAAGAUCAGUGGACAUCCAUUGCCAGUAUGCAGGAGAGACGGAGUACUCUUGGAGCAGCAGUGUUAAAUGAUCUGCUCUACGCUGUGGGUGGAUUUGAUGGGAGUACAGGGUUAUCAUCAGUGGAGGCUUAUAAUUCCAAAAUAAACGAAUGGUUUUUUGUGGCACCCAUGAAUACAAGGAGAAGUAGUGUCGGUGUUGGAGUUGUGGAAGGCAGGUUGUAUGCAGUGGGUGGCUAUGAUGGAGCAUCACGCCAGUGUCUUAGUACCGUUGAAGCUUACAAUCCAGUUAGCAACGAAUGGACUUAUGUUUCAGAUAUGAGCACUCGUCGAAGUGGAGCAGGGGUUGGUGUUUUAAACGGUCAUUUAUAUGCAACAGGAGGUCAUGAUGGACCUUUGGUGAGGAAAAGUGUAGAAGUGUUUGACCCGUCAACAAACACUUGGAGACAAGUGGCAGACAUGAACAUGUGUCGGAGGAAUGCAGGUGUGUGUGCUGCAAAUGGAUUUUUGUAUGUUAUUGGAGGGGAUGAUGGCUCUUGUAAUCUAGCGUCUGUGGAAUUCUAUAACUCUGUAACGGACAAGUGGACGCUAUUACCAACCAAUAUGAGCACUGGAAGAAGCUAUGCAGGUGUUGCUGUAAUUGAUAAACCACUAUGACUUUGCUCUUGAGCAGCAGUUGGAUUGAAGUCUUAAAUGAAAACUGCACAGCAUUCUGCUGAAGACUGACCUAGGUUUUUAUAACUAUUUAUAAUACUUGGAUGCAUGGUAUACUGUGCGAGUAAAAGCUCAGUUGCCCCUCUGUCAAAAACAUAUCAGCUGUGCAAUAUGCAUUUUUAAAAUCCAAUUCAAGCACUAAUUUAUGGAGUUUAGGCUAAAGGAACAUGUUACUUCCACAACUAGCACUUCGUUUGAAACAAAGAAAGUACAAGUUAACAGGCAUGAGUUAUCAGAUUGCUCUUGCCAAGUAAUCAGUGUUGAUGAGAUUCAGCCAUCAACAAAACCCUAUCGACUGGAGAAUAUGAAGCUUCUACUGUUACAUGUCAGUUGCUGAAGAUCAAGCUGUGGCCUUUUAACGCACAAAGUUUGGGAUCUGAAGUAAACAGUGCACUGAACACUGUUACAAUAUCAACUAUUUAUAAAAGGGAGAAAAAAAUCAAGCAUUCUGUUCUUUAGUGAACAAGAAGAUACACUACGUGUCAUAAUAGUUUGUUUACGUUGAAAUAAGCUGCUACUGAUAUUUCAUAAUAAGCAAUCUUGGAUUUAGAAUUGGGUUCCCCUCUUUUGAGAAAUGAGUCAAUACAGGAUAUGAAGUUCCUGUUGAAAGUAAUCCUAAUGUUAGCCAGAUAACUUUAUUACACCCACCAAACUCUUUCACAAAUGCUGUUGUACAGAAAAUGUGUGGAAACUGGAACCUCUUUUGUGCAGAUGCCAUGCCUCUUAGUUCAGAAUCUAAACCAAAGCUGACUUGCAUUUCAGCAACACCAGCCCCCCUCCCUCAAUUUUGAAGAGUAAUGAUAUUCAUUAUUCAUUAAUUAACAAUUUAACAAAACUCUGGAGUUUUAAAACCUUUUUGACAUUUCUCUCCGUUGGUAAUGUGGAGAGAACUGAAAGCAAAUAGACUGAAUUAAAAAUUUGUCCCUUCAGUUGAUCCUGGGGAUGUAGGUGGAUUAAUGAUGCAGAGAGAAAACUAUUAGUGUAAAAGAGUUUUAAAGCUAUCAUGUGGUAGCGUUGUAAAAAUAAAUACAUCUUUAACCUCAUUUCCAUUGCCUUCCUAAGUUUGUAGAUACUAAUAUGGCUAUUUUAGUAAAUACUGCCACCUAGUGAAUAUUCUAAAGGAUACUAUUUUUUAAAAGAAAGAUAAAUUAUAAUAUUUUAUUACAAAAUGUAUUCAAAUUCCUUCUGGCUGCCAGUUUUUUUAAAUAUCUGUUACAAAUAUAUAGUACAAAGUGAAUUUACAGAAAACUCUGCUUUAAGUGUCGAAUAGGUCAGGAGGACACAUUAUUGGCAACAAUGCUGAAUACAAGAACGGUGCAGAAUCAUGUCAAGAGUCUGAGACUGCAUUUGCAUUCCUGCUCUGAAUAUAUUUGUUGCCUGAGAGGUACUUUUUUUAAUACAGCUAUACGCAUGGUUAAUAGAGAUUCAUUAAACAGGUGUUUGGAACACAAUUUGGCAAAAAACACUGAUAAAUCACCUACAAAUUUUCAUCAUGAUUUCUUACAUUUCCCUAAUUUCCAUUUGCAUCAUUAAUAUUUUCUUGCUUCAGUGUUUCCUACUCAAUCUUUUUCUUUAUUUUUAAAGUUUUUCCUUUUCUUUUUGUCUUGUGUCAUCCCAAUAACUAGAACUGUCUGCUUCUGGGUUUUAACAACUUUUUAUGGCCAUCAAAAUGCAUAAAAUUAGAUGUUUUUUUCAACCACAUGCAGACAAUUUUGCAGGCUUUUGUACAGUGGUUGAGACGUGGAGAUCUUAGUCAUUUGCUCGUCAAUGCUUCUUCCCUCUACUCUAUUGAAGUUUUCCCUUGCAUCGUUAAGUUUUCAUUCCACUUUUUAGGUAUAUAGUUUAUUUUCUUGCUUCAUUUCUUCAUUUAAAUGUUUUGUUUUCCUCUACAGUUUGUUUCCUAUACCGAAGCUUUUUGGUUGGCAGUAUUGCUGCAGUAGACAAUACCUUGUUAAUUGUUGCUCGUGGUGGGGGUGCCAAAGUAUGUGGUUUCCCGCAGCUUGAGACUAUAAUCACGGAAUUGUACAAUGCAGUAAGGAAUAUUCAACUUCGGAGUAGCUAUCUGUGCCAUUUCAGAGGGCAGUGAAUCUGUAGUCACACAUAGGAUAGACUGGGAAAGGACAGCAGACUUUCUGCACUGGACCAGAUAGGGUUUUUACCAUAACUAAAUGCUCAGCUUUAGUGAGGUAAACUUUCUUAAAUUUAAUUAAUUGAAUUUAAAUUACACAGAAGAUGUGGCACAAUUUGAACUUGUGUUGGUGGAUUUUUGGUUGUAGUCUCUGGAGUACUGUAUAUUAACCACUCUGCCACUGUUUCGAUUAUGAAAUGUACUCAAUUGGGGGUUUGCGGGAAGCAACGACGAGGAUCUCUGAGUCAAAUUCAUUCAAGUAAACAAAAAUGUGUAUUCAGUCUCUCAAAAUCACCUGUUUUAAAUGUUUGAGAUAUAAAAGAACCAGCAGCCAUUAUAAUAGUUAUAGUAUUUCUGCGAGAAUGUUUGAUUACUGUUUUUUUUUCAUUUAUAUAAUUACCAGUUGAUUUGAACAUUUUUUGCCAUUGUAAUGAAAAACAGAAAAAUUGUUCAAUUUCAAUCGAACGUUUUGGUGCCUAUGUGAUCUAGUCAUUGAUCAUCAAGAAAAUGUUAAUGAACCCUAUAACAGAUGCACUUCUAAUGUUAGACACUUGUUAAUUUACUGAUGUUUAGUUACAACAUAACUGUAUCCACAAUGGUGACAUAAAGCAUCACUAAGGUCUAAUUCUGUAACUGUCUUCAAUAGUAUUAAAUAGACUUACCAACUCAGAUCAAAAGGUCAUGCUUUAGUGACAAAGUAUGGCGUCAGGGAUUUAAUGUACCAUUGCACUCUACUGGAACGGUUAAUAUAUUUUUAGGUUUUAUGUAGUGAUUUAUUUGAAAUGUUCCUGUCAUAUCUGUGGAACACAAUACUGUGAAGCACUCCUGACUUUUUUUCAAAUUGUCAAUAAAAUGAUGGAAACUAUUUAAUCAUGUA